AUGAACAGACAAGUCUGCAAGACCUCAGGCAGUGGGAGCCAGGGCUUCUCUGGCCGCUCUGUGGUAGUCUCUGGCAGCAGCCGCAUGAGCUGCGUGGCACGCACAGGGCGCUCUGGUGGAGGAGCUUGUGGGUCUCGUAGUGGGGCAGGUGGCUUUGGCAGCCAAAGUCUCUACAAUCUGGGUGGCAGCAAGAGCAUCUCCUACAGUGUGGCUGGUGGUUCCAGGGGUGGGGCCUUUGGCUAUGGUGGUGGACGCAGCAGCUGUGGAAGUGGCUUUGGGGGUGGCUUUGGAGGAGGCAGGGGGGUAAGAGGUGGCUUUGGAGGAGCUGGUGGCUUUGGAGGAGCUGGUGGUUUUGGUGGCCUGGGUGGCUUUGGAGGAGCUGGUGGCUUUGGACCUGGUGGCUUCCCUGGUGGGAUCCAAGAAGUGACUGUCAACCAGAGUCUCCUGCAACCCCUCAAUGUGGAGAUUGACCCCCAGAUUGGUGCUGUGAGGACUCAGGAGCGGGAGCAGAUCAAGAUCCUCAACAACAAGUUUGCCUCCUUCAUUGACAAGGUGCGGUUCCUGGAGCAGCAGAACAAGGUUCUGGAGACCAAGUGGAACCUGCUCCAGCAACAGGGUGUCAACUCUGUCACAGGCACCAACAGCCUUGAGCCCCUCUUUGAAAGCUACAUCAGCAACCUUCAGAGGACUUUGGAUGGGCUCCAGGGGGAGCAUGGGAAACUGGAUGGGGAGCUGAGGAGCAUGCAAGAGCUGGUGGAAGACUUCAAAAAGAAAUAUGAAGAUGAGAUCAACAAACGCACAGCUGCAGAGAAUGAGUUUGUUGGGAUCAAAAAGGAUGUGGAUGCUGGUUACAUGAACAAGGUUGAAUUGCGGGCUCAUGCAGACAGCCUGACAGAUGAGCUCAACUUCCUGAGAGUUCUCUAUGAGAUGGAGUUGUCUCAGAUGCAAACUCAUGUCAGUGACACCUCUGUGAUACUCUCUAUGGAUAACAAUCGCUGCCUCAACCUGGACAGCAUCAUUGCUGAGGUCAAGGCUCAAUAUGAGGAGAUCACCCAGAAGAGUAAGGCAGAAGCUGAGGCUGCAUACCAGACCAAGCUUGGAGAGCUGCAGACCACAGCUGGCAGAUAUGGUGAUGACCUGAAGAGCACCAAGAGUGUGAUUAUGGAACUCAAUAGGACGAUCCAGAGAUUGCGAGCUGAGAUUGAGAAUGUCAAGAAACAGAAUGCCAAUCUUCAGGCAGCCAUAGCUGAAGCUGAGCAGCAUGGGGAGCUAGCCCUCAAGGAUGCCCAGGCCAAACUCCAGGAAUUGCAGUCCGCCCUGCAAAAGGCCAAGGAUGACCUGGCCCGCUUGCUUCGGGACUACCAGGAACUGAUGAAUGUGAAGUUGGCCCUGGAUGUUGAGAUUGCCACCUACAGAAAGCUUCUGGAGGGCGAGGAGUGCAGAAUGUCAGGAGAGUGCCAGAGUGCUGUGAGCAUCUCUGUGGUGAGCAAUGUUACCAGCAGUAGCACCAGUGGUGGUUUUGGUGGAAGUGCUGGCAGCAACUUAGGGGGCCUCCAGACCUCUGGAAGUGGAGGACACAGCUCUGGAAGCAGCCUGCAGACCUCUGGAAGUAGAGGAUACAGCUCUGGAAGCAGCCUCCAGACCUCUGGAAGUGGAGGAUACAGCUCUGGAAGCAGUCUCCAGACCUCUGGAAGUGGAGGAUACAGCUCUGGAAGCAGUCUCCAGACCUCUGGAAGUGGAGGAUACAGCUCUGGAAGCAGAGGCAGUUCCAGCAUUCACGUGUCUCAGACCAGCUCCAGCCAGCGCUGCAAGUAA